CAUGUAUUGGCAUUUGAUUGGUCGAGAGGCAAAAAUACAAACUAAAUCACUUUUUAACGGCAAGCAGGACGGAGAGCGUUGCAGAAAAUAUUACCCAUAAAGGAAUAUUUGUUCGUCUGCUGUUAGAUUUCAGCUGACAGGAACUGAAGAUGAUCGAGGUGGUUUGCAACGAUCGUCUGGGCAAGAAAGUCCGAGUCAAGUGCAACUCAGAGGAUACAAUUGGAGAUCUAAAGAAGCUCAUCGCUGCCCAGACAGGAACUCGAUCCGACAAAAUUGUAUUAAAGAAAUGGUAUACUAUAUUCAAGGACCACGUUUCCCUGGGUGACUAUGAAAUCCAUGAUGGGAUGAACCUGGAGCUGUACUACCAGUAGACCAGACGAGGACCACAAGUCGAUGCCACAGAGACAGCCCUCUUCCUUGUCACCCAUACAGACACACACAAACACAGAUGGGAUCUGUUGCAGCAAGCCACCAUGCUCACACAACGCAACUGAAAGAGAAGGAGCAGCAUAUCUACCUGUCUAGAAAACCACACAGACAUGACAUUGAUCUCCGUUUUAGCUUUUGAUUUUUGCCCAUAAAUUAUGUCAGACAUGUUGUUGUUCUACAGUUUUUUGUUUUGAUAUUUUGAAAUUAAAACAGAUAUUUACCUA